AUGCCUAUCGUUGAUUUCGUUGGCUCAAAGUUGUUUGUAUUUCGCGACAUCCCUGCCUAUCUGCCCUUUUUGAAACAUACUAAUGCUCUUGAUCAGAGACGGAAUGAGAGGGAGAUCUCGCGCCCAAGGAAACUUCUACCGACUUCAGUCCAACUCAACGGCACGUUGCUACCUAUGGUCGUCUCAUUCCGUCUCCACUGGCCGGCUCAUCCGCGGGGCCAGGGCCAUACCUAUUUCAGCCGGUUGCAUUCGACCCUUUCUACGGAGAAACACCAAGCCACGCAUACUUAUCAUGUGCAGAUAGCCGUGGACGAAUAUUCCUUUGUGACAACUGAUGUAAGGGCCAGACUAGAUGCGAUGAAAUGGAUGAAACCGUGGCAGAACAUCUCCCUGACUGCUGGUUCCCGGAACGGAUGCAUGUCUAAGGCAGUUCAGUCAACGCCAGCAGAGGACAAUGUCGCCAUAGCGGAUUCCCUACCCUACGAGCUUCGGUGGACAGCGUCAGCAGCGAGAUCGAAAGCCGUCAGCGCCAAUAACAAAAUCCCCAAGAUCGAUGCAGGGCAGCUACUUGGGUAUUUUCCCACUUUUGUCACAGAAGCACUUAUUUUGGAGCACCCGUCGCGGGGGUGGGCCUGA